AUGUCCGGCUUCGACCCCUCCCAAAACAAUGGCGGCAUGAUGUUCAACCUGAACAAUCUCACGCCGCAGCAGCUGGCAAUCCUCCGCCAGCAGCACCAACAGCAGCAGCAGCUCUUGCAGCAACAGCAACAACAGCAGCAGCAACAGCAACAACACCCGGGCCAGGCGAUGGGUCAGCCCUCGCAGAUGCAGCGCAAUCCCUUUCAGCAGCCGCAGCCCCAGCAGAGCGGUGGCUUCCCAGCCGGAUUCAGUCAGCAGCAAUUGCAGGCUUUGCUCGCACAGCAGCAGCAGCAGCAGCAGCAACAACAACAACAACAACAGCAACAGCAACAGCCGCAGCAGAAUGCCGCCGCCGCCGCCGCCGCCGCUGGUCAGGCAUUCAGGCCACCACAGCAAAUGAUGCAGCCGCCACAGCAGCAGCAGCAGAUGCAGCCUCAGCAGCAGCCGCAACAGCAGCAGCAGCAGCAAGCCCCACAGAUGACGCAGGCUCCGAUGGGUCAGCCGCAGCAACCAAUGCCGGGCAUGCCGACCCUGGCGCAGAUCUCAAUGGCCAUCGAACAGGCCAAGAAGGGUCUGCUCAACCCCACCCAGCUCAACGCUCUGAGGCAAACGAUUGCUAGGCAACAGCAGCUCCAACAGGCGCAACAGGCGCAGCAACAAGGCGUGAGGCCUCCGCCGUCGCAGCAGCAACAACAGCAGCAGCAACACCAGUCGCCACAACAGCAAGUGCAGCAGGUGCAGCAGGCCGGGCAGCAACCAGGCCAGCCGCACCAGCAACAGCAGCAGCAGCAGCAGCAGCAGCAGCAGCAGAACCCGUUCGUCUUUGCCGGCGCGGGCCAAGGCUUCCCUGGCGGCCAGCCUCGGACACCUCAGAUGCAUGCCCAGGCCCAGAUGAUGGCCGGCUUGCAGCAGGCCCGCCCUGCCGGGCUGCCCAUGGGCGCUCCCAACUAUCUGCAGCCCGGUAACCAGCCCCAGCAGCAGAAUGGAGGCCAGGCUCCGGCUCAGCAGCAGCAGCAGCAGCAGCCUCAGAUGCAGCGCUCCGAGACACCGCAGAAGCCCGGCCAGCCGAGCCAACGACCGCCACAGCAACAGCAACAGCAGCAGCCGCAGCAGCCGCAGUCGCAGCAACCGCAGCAGCAGCAGCCGGGCAACGGUGUCGGCAUGAUGCAGAACAUGCCGCAGCAACAGGGGCAGCAGGCCCCGACACGGCCGCCGGGCGGCAUGGGAGACAUGAGCGCCGAGGGGCGCAACCCGGUCCAGUUCCUGCGUAUGCUGCAGCAGCGCAUCAUGGACCUCGAGACCAAGCUGGGCAGCGAGAUCGGCCCCGACGAGCGCAAGCAGACGCAGAACCAGAUGGCCGACAUCAAGCGCGUGCAGAGCGCCAUCUUGGCCAAGCUCAAUGCACAGAACCCGGCCAUGGCGGCCAUGGCGAUGCAGCAGCUCCAGCAGAUGGUCCAGCAGCAACAACAGCAGCAGCAGCAGCAGCAGCAGCAGCAACAACAACAACAGCAGAACAACAGUGGAGGCGCCGGUGCGAUGGGAGCGCCGCAGACCCAGCCCUCGCCGGUGAUACGGCCGCCCACACGCCCGGGCUCGAGCGGGCCCGCGUCGGUGCGCCCUCCGCAGGGCCAGUUUGGCAGCCCGAUGCCGAACGCAUCGAUCCUCCAGGCGCAGGGCAGCGGACAGCAGCUCCAGCAGCAGAACGUGACGCCGCAGAUGCCGCACCAGUCGCCGCACGUCCGUCCCUCUCCCCAGCUGUCGGGCCCCCCAGCUUCUGGUCCCGCUGGGGCGGGCGGACCGCACCCGGCUGUCCAGGGCGUCCCCUCACUGCGCCCCGACCAGUUCACUCGCGCGCUGGUCGACCUGAUGAAGAAGCGCGGCACGCCCAUCACCGCGCUGCCCAAGGUGGCAGGCCGAGACCUCGACCUGUACCGAUUUUACCAGAUCGUGCAGGCGCACGGCGGCAGCGAGGCGGCCAACCAGAAGGGUGCCUGGCCCGCCAUCGCCAUCGCGCUCGAGCUGGCGCCUCUGGGCUCCCCGCAGACGCAGGCCAUUGGCCAGUCUCUCGCCGCCGAGUACCGCAACUACCUCGCGCCCUUUGAGGAGACCUGGCAGCGCGCCAUGCAUCAUCAGUACCAGAUGUCGAUGGCCAACGCCGGCCUCGGGCAGGGACAGGGUCCGGCAGGCAACCAGAGCGACGCGUACAAGGCUGCAGCGGCCAAAGCGGUCGCAGGACAGCCGAACGCGCAGCAGCAGGCGCCGCCGCAGCAGCUUCAGCAGCAGCAGCAGCAGCAGAUUCGGCCGCCCGUCACACCGCAGAUGCAGCAAAUGCAGCAGCAGCAGCAGCAGGGCGCCGGCCAGAUGCAGAGCCCGAUGAUGCAGCAGGCCCAGCAGCUCCAGCAACAGCUCCAGCAGCAACCGCAGCCGCAGCAGGGGCAGGCGGUGCGACCACCACAGAUGCCGUCACUGGCGGGUUUCAACCCACAGCCAGCGCCCAUCCUGAGUCAGGAGAACCUCGCUCGGAUGAACAUGACGCAGGAGCAGUUUGCCAAGAUGUUCCUGUCGCAGCAGUUUAACAACUGGCGACAGCAGCAGCAGCAGCAGCAGGCCAAGGCGGCUGGGGCCGCAGGCCAGGCGUCGCCGUUUGCGCCGCACCAGGCCAUUGCCAACCACGGCCAAGCUUCGUCCAUGGGCCAACCGUUGCAGGCUCAGCAGCAGCAGCAGCCGCAGCCGCCCGUCCAGACGCCACAGCCUUGGCAGAUGCAGGCUCCCCCGCCGCCGCAGCAGGUGCCGCCGACAGGCCAGGCCGGUGCGCCGAUGCCCUUUGGAACCCCGCAGAUGCAGGCCAACGCAUCGAUGCCCGGCCAGCCGCAGCCGCAGCCACAGCCGCAGGGCGUUCCGCCACCCGUCGGCGGUGACCCCUCGCAAUCUGCCCAGCAAGGCCAAGGAAGUGUGCCGCCGCAGCCGCAACCGCAGCAGCAGCAGCAGGCGGGCCCCUCGAUGGCGGGUCAAGCGGGCCAGCCGCCCCAGCAGCUGCCCCGGCAGCAGGGCGUCGCUCCCACGCGCUUCAUUGCCGUUAGCCCAGAGCAGCUGGAGCAAGCGCGCAUCGCCAUGCAAAAGAUUGACCAGGAGCUGGCCACCCAAAGACCCCAACUGCCGGUCAUCACCAACAUCACCGACGACGAGCGCGACCAGAUCCUCGACCAGGUGCGCAAGCUGGCCCCCAUCCAGGCCACCGUCACGGCGCUGCUGCCCGCCUUUUACGCAAUGAACGGCAACCUUGAGCCAGCCAAGCGCCUCAAGAUCAUGGCCUUUAUGUACAAAGACCAGCACGAUCUGCUGCCCAAGAAGCAGUGCAUCCUGCGGCUGGCGGACCUGGACAAGCUCAAGAUGCAGAUGAGCCGAUGCAUCAGCUUUGUGCGCUCGAGCAACCCGCAGAUUGCGCACAACAUCAUCCAGCAGGGCAACUUCGACGCGGCCGCCGCCAUGCACGGCAUCAAGCGGGGGCUACGAGUCGAGAACCUCAAGCUGCCGCCCAACAAGCGGGCCAAGAACGGGCCCGGCGGUGCAAAGGCCUCGGGCGCCAGCCCUCCCAACGGCGCGGUCAACGAGUCGCCCAAACCCUCGGCCGGAUCGCCGCCGCAACCCAAGGACGCCCCGACGCCGUCCGGCUCGACGCCGGCAGCCACGUCCAAGGGCGGCAAGAAGGGGGAGAAGGCGACCAAGGCGGCCAAGGGCGGUGCCGGCAAGAAGGGCAAGUCGUCGGCGGCCGCCGCGUCCGGGCCCGAACCGGACAAGAAGUUCAAGACGAGCGCCGACAUCAUGGCCGAGGUCAAGCGCGAAAUGGCCGAGGCGGAGCGGAGGAAGCGCGAGGGCGAGGCGGCCAGCGGAGGUGCGACGCAGACGCCUGACGCGAAAGCGGCGCAGCAGCCCGCCGAGGCGUCGCUCGCCCAAAAGGCGGAGCUCGAGGCGCAGGAGAGGCGGAAGCGCGAGGUCGAGAUGGCCGGACGCGACCCCGCCGGCUUUGUCGAGGCGGCAUGGCAGGACCUCCUCACGGCGUCGAGCGGCCCGGGCGCCGGCAGCGUACCAGCGGCCGCGGCGCACGGCAACGAUUCCAAGGCGCUGCAGUCGCUGCUCUCGCUGCUUGGGCAGCAGGACUCGCUGUCGUCGUCGAGCGUCAACGCCAACGACGCAGCGGGCAAGACGGCCCCCGCGACGGACGGCUCGCUGGCGGCCACGGCGGCCGAAGCCAACAUCGCCGCCGACGGCCUGCCCUCGAUGGCCGAUGCCGACGCCGCGCUCGACAUCGAUCUGUUCGACUUCAUCGACGCGUCGGCUGCGGGACCGGACGCGUUCAAGGACGAUACCCAGAGCGAGCUGGCGACGAUCCUGGGCGGAGCGGCGACAAACGAGAGCGACCCGCCCGCCGAGACGCCCGAGCUGGUGGCGAGCAGCCGCCUCUACGGCCACAAUGUGGGCUCCGGCUCGUCGACGUCGAGCAGCUCGACGGCGGGCUCGCUGCGCGGCCACCUCUCGGGCAUGGUCGGCCACGGAGGCGCUGGCGGCAAGCUGGAUUUUGGCUCUGCCGGACCGUCGAGCACGAGUCCGGCGGAACUGAGUAGCUCCGACGAGUUUGACGGAGACCCCAACCACAGCCCCUCCAUGCUCAUUCGCGUCCUCGGAGCUCGGCUUGCCAAGUGCCCGCUCUUGAUCUGA